AUGAAGCUCUCAGCCCUUUUUGCCGUUGCAGCGCUCGCCGUCGCUUCAACAGAAGCAUGCGCCAAGUACAAGGAAUGCUGGUGUGAGAGAGACAACUUUGAGUACCAAGGGAAGGUUCAGGACAACGUUCCAUGGGACGAUGACACAGUCAAGGCGUGCGCAGACAACUCCGGAGAGGUCGGCUACUAUGGCCAAAAUUUCAAAGAGUGCUACCGAUACAAGAAGAACUGGUUCGCCCUCAUUCCAUCCAAGGCUAUCAACAACUGUGACUGGACAAAGUCAUGUGUUGCUGCUGGUGCUUCCACGGGUUACUGCCGCGAUAAGAUUUGA